CAAGGUACCGCCAAAAAAGGCCCGUGGUUUUCUCCCGAUUUGGGUACGUCAAAAUCCCCGUGUUUAUAUUUUGGUGUAUUUUUAGACUAGUUUAUCGUUUUAGCCGGGCUAAAAACGGUAUACCGGUCGAUAAUUUACACCAUCAUUUUGGCGCCGACCGUGGGACCCGAACAAAAUGUUGUGUUUUUUGUUCGGCCAAUUUUUUCUCUUACCACACGAAUGCUCCCCGUGCAAUGCAUGCAUCUACGAGUAAUCAUUUUGGAAACUGGUAUCUGGACACUGGUGCCAACACCCAUGUCACGUCUGAUUAUUCUCAGCUACAAUCUCCUCAUCAAUACACUAGUACUGAUACUAUUACCGUAGGCAAUGGUCAAUCCCUACCCAUCACACACUCUGGCUCCGGUUUUGUCCAUAUGCCUAAUGGAUAUCACCCCACCACUAAAGGGUAUAAAUGCUAUGAACCCGUGUCUCAAAAAGUUUAUGUCUCUCGUCAUGUUCGCUCUUCUAUUCUCAUCUCAGAAGUCACUCAGGCUAUGCAUCGUGACUUCAAGCUCAAAGAACUUGGACCUCUUCAUUACUUCCUUGGCAUUGAGGUUCAGCGCACGCACGAUUCUAUGCUUCUCCAUCAGUCCAAAUAUGCCCGUGAUCUUCUACGCCGAGCAGGGAUAGCACCGAUCAACAUCAUGACGGAAGCACCAAAACCGAAAGAUGAGACUCCGUCCAAAAUUACGGACAACGGCGACGAGAUGAAGAAACCUAGUCCGUAUGAUUUGAAAUCUGUGGAUACACCAGAAGCAGACUUACGGAACUCCAUCACCCAGGUUGAGGUUGCGGCUGACUUGUGGAACGAUAUAAAGGCAAGGUUUUCCGUGGCAAACGGCCCAGGGAUUCACCAACUUAAAAAGGAAUUGGCGAACACAAAACAGAAUGGACAAGAGAUUGUCAAACACUACGGCAAGUUAAAGACAAUCUGGGAUGAACUCUACGACAUGCUGAAGGUACCAACGUGCAAGUGUGGAGGUUGCAAGUGUGGAUUGACUGCACUUUUAGAAAAACAACGUGACGAGGAGAAGGUUCAUCAGUUUUUGAUGGGCCUGGAUAACGAAGGUUAUGGAAGUCUUCGUUCGAACAUACUCAGCACCGAACCGCUUCCUUCUAUCAACUGGGUUUACUCGGUGAUAACUCAACAAGAAGGCGUGUUGAAGAUGACCACGGAGGAGGAACGAAACCCAAUGGGUUUCGCUGUGGCUAUGGGAAAAUCAAGUCGAGACAAUAAUUUGAAGUGCAAACAUUGUGGGCAAUCGGGACACGAGAUAAGCGGAUGUUUCCAAAUUAUCGGAUAUCCGGAAUGGUGGGCGGACAGACCCCGUAUGAGUGGCGGACGAGGAGGAGGCGGACGUGGUGGUGCAGCAACUGGCAGGCGCGGUGGUAGGGGGGGUACUGUCGCCGGUCGGGGUGCUGAGAACCGCGGGCAGAACAGGACAGGACAGCCGAAGGACCAGUUUGCGGGGCAGGCCAACGUCCAAUGUGAGAACCAGUUUUCAGGUACGAUGAAUCGGUCUUGGAUUAUUGACAGUGGUGCAAGCCAGCAUAUGACCUGAGACAAACGCAAACUGGAGAACAUUCGGCCUAUAAAGGAGUGCAGAGUGG